UAAACCUAGUUUAUUGACUGUGAAACUAUUAUUACUCAUUUUUGUGAGAUUGGCGUGCCAUACAUGUUGGUCCAACAACACCUUGGCAUGGUCGGCAGUACACCACUUAGAGAUACGAGAUAUUCCUUUACGGGUCCCUAUAAAAAUGAAUUAACACAUGAUGAAUUGUCAACAUUAAACUGUCAUUAUAACCACUUUUUUUACCUCCCAAAGAAACUGAAAUAUUUAUCUAUUUGUAACAUGCCUAUCUCAUCAUUGUUUUUAAAAUUACAGGUUCACUCAGAUAAUUCGGGGAAUUUACACUGCUCUGUGUAUAUGGCUGAAUUUAAGGAAUGUAUGUCCGUUUGUCCUAAAAUGUGUUUGCCCUUGAUGCUAUUUGCCCUAGUUUUCGUUCUCCCUAGGUUGGCUUAGGUGCUUGCCUGUCUUGACUUAACCAUCAGAAUGGAGGAGCUUCAAGAGAUAAUGAAAUAUGUCAUUGGCCAAGCUAUCUUGAAUAAGGUGGAUUUCACAGAGGAUGUUGAAUUCCUGGCGGAGGUUAAAAUUACUGUGGACAAAAAGGAAGCUGUAAGCUUUAUAAUUACAGAGUGGAGCUUAAAAGAAAAUGCACACCUUUAUCAAAAACAAUUUAGUGGAUUGUUGGAAAACGCUUACAUAGGAAUGAACAGAAAAACCAAUACAUUACAAACAAAUGCCAGUAAAAUUUCAACCCUAGAGAGUGAGCAAAGAAUGUUGGAGAGUCAUAGUUUGGAAGGUGAAAGGUCAACUUUAGAGGGUGAGAGGUCAGUUUUAGAAGGUGAAAGGUCGACAGCGGAGGAUACAUACCAGAAUGGUCAGGGGGAGUUAGGAUGGAGCGAGGGGAGGGACAGCAAUCAAAGGGAGAUAAACAGGGAACUGAUAGAACUGCAGAGUUGUGAUGUUGUGACAGACAGAGAACAACAACAAAGUCAUGUGAUAGUAGUGGACUCAGCAACCCAGACAGAUGAGGCCGGAAUAAACCCAGCACUCAAACGUAAACCUAGAAAAUCCACCAACCAACAGAAGAAAAACAAGUCUGCUACAGGUUCAGCGAUGAAGAUUUGUUCCCCACUGCCUCAGGAGCCAGAGGUAGUUGACAUCAAGAUGGAGGUUAUAUCUGACGAUGAGCGCGGUAACACGGCUAGUUCUGUCACCGUGGUGUCACCCCUACCACCGACCGACCUCCAGACAAGUACGGGAAACCACGUUCCUUGCCCGCUCUGUCCGACACAGUUCCGCAGCCAGAAAGCGGUGGAGACCCACCUUAGAAUGAUGCAUGACGUAGGGAAUGUCUACAUGUGUCAGGUGUCGUCGUGUCAGGAAAUGUGUCAGUCCAACACUGCGCUUCAUCAACACAUGAACGACAUUCACGGGGUUCAGGAGGUGAUGGAGGCCCCGCCAGAAAGUCCUCCCAAGAAAAAACGAGGACGCAAACCUAAAAAUCUAAACAAAGAUAUCCCUGAGCCGAUGAAUGAGACAGUUACUUCACCUAUGGUUAGAAAAUCUGGACGCAAGAAAACAGCAAAACAACCAGUGGGUAGAAAGCCAGGAAGGAAAAAGUCUGCACUUAAAGUGGCACAUAAAACAAAGCCUGCCGUUCCAGCUGUGAAAGGUGUGCUGAAAUGUGACGAAUGUCCGAAGGAGUAUGCCUCAAAGCGAGCCCUGAAUAGACACAUCAGAACUGCACACGACGUGAAAAAGUAUCAGUGUGAUAUUUGUGGAAAGGUAUUCACCAGCAAAGAGACCCUGUACCAUCAUCGAAGGGGGAUCCACAGCGAGAGCAAGCCAUACAAGUGCAGUCAGUGCGAUGCUUCCUUCAAUUUCAAUCAUAGUCUGAGACUCCAUAGACUUAAGCACAGUGGAAUUCGGCCCUUCGAGUGUAAGGAGUGCAAUAAAACGUACCUGACUUCAAAUCACCUAAAAAUGCAUAUGGAAGGAGUUCACGGAGGAAAGAAAAAUCACGAGUGUAAGAUUUGUGGCAAGUGCUUCUCAUACACAACAAGCCUUAAGGUUCAUGAGAUGACCCACGGAGAUUACAGACCGUAUCGCUGUACCGUGUGUGGGCAAGGUUUCGUCAACAGUCACUCCCUCAAGUACCACAAGGAGUCCAAACACUCACACAACACGUGGUUCGAAUGCGACUUGUGCGGGAAAAAGUACAAGACAGAGUUCUUGAUGAAGACACACCGGCGACGCCAUACUGCCGAUGGUACGCGCUACAUGUGUGACAUUUGUGGCCGGCAGUUCAUGUACAAAAGUACGCUGGAAAUUCACGCUGCAGUGCACAGUGAUGAGAAGUCGUUCCAGUGUAGCACGUGUGGGAAGUCAUUCAAAACAUAUGCCACUCUCUACUCCCACCAGUAUGUUCACAAGUCUGAGAGCCCAUAUAACUGUCCAGACUGUGGAAAGUCAUUUAAAACAAAGGAGCGCUGCAAGGCUCAUCAGAAGAGACACUCGGGCCUGAAGCCAUUUGAGUGUGAUCAGUGUGGUCGAUGUUUCCCUGAUAAGGGCGGCCUCUCUAAGCACACCAAGACAGUGCACUGUGACAUCAAGAUGUUUGUGUGUGACAUUUGUGGAAAGGCAUGCUCUAGAGCUGACAAUCUCCGUGUCCACAUGAAGAUCCACAACAAGGCGAUGGAUGCCAGCAUCCCGGGCAGAAAGCUCCAAGUGUUCCCCAUACAGGACAAGACACUGGCAGUGAUGAAGUCGCCAGUCGAUCUCGCUCAGAAGGACCAACAGGGGCAAGACUUUCUCAACAUCUCCCCCAACUCCUCCCCCUCCCACGCAGUAACCCUCCCCAGGAUCUACUCGGACAGGGCCGACCCCUCACCAUUCAUUCCCAGCGUUACAGACCCUCUAGCCAUUCCCCAGGGGUCAGCUCUGGCAGGUCAUGGAAUUCUUUUGACCGCUCAGGAGACAGAGCUGGGAUGUGUGGCUAAUUCAGUGCUCCACCCCUCCACCUCUCUAGUGACUGCCCCCACCACCACACAGGCCCCGCCCCCAGGGUCCUCCUACAUGUACAUGUGGCCCUACCUCCCCCCUCAGCACCAGUCUGAUCAGACUGGAUCCAAUAACCAGUAUUUUUAAACAGCGUUUUACAAGAAGCAUUCAGAUUUGAUAUCACAGCACAAAACAAAGCAUCAUUUUUUGACAUUUUUGUAAUGUACAAAUCACCCUUUAAAUGCAUCUUUAAGGUGGAAUAACACAUCAUCACAAAAUGUCUGACCUCUGAUCGAAACGACAUUUCAUUUUAUUAAAAAGAUUUUCGACGGCAACAUGUAACUUACCAUAUAGCUGAGUAGAUAAAGUGUUGGGCUUGUGAUCAUUACGUCCCGAGUUCGAAUCCCCCAGGGGCUUUGAAUUGAAUUAUUUAGAUACCUGGUAUUCAUUUUUUAUUCCCAAACUGCAAAUUUUUCACUUAUUUGACAUAUGUACAGUUUAUUUAUAUUCAUACCUUUCAUAAUCAAAUAAUUUACCAUCUCUCUUUUAUAAAAGACUUCAAAUUUAACUACUCUGAUCUAUUUUCCACAUUUUUAAAUUAGUUUAUAAGUUGAGUGUUUUGGUCAGGGUUUUUUUUUAACAGCAAAUAUAUUUGCUAGAAUUUUUUAUUUUUAGAGGUUGCCUACACCAUUUAUAUACAGAAUUUUGAAAUUAUGUACACUGUACAGGGAAUGCUGGGACAGAGUAUCCUGGGACGGAGUCAGAACCAAUCAGAUUACUGUAAUCUUGACCCGGUAAUUCGUGACUAUUUAAUUAUAGUGAAUCCCAAUUGUUCAACUUGAGUGCUUUUGUUGUUGUUUUGUUUUGUUUUGUUUUUUUCUUCUAAUAUGUUACUGUGUAUUUGAUUAUAAAUGUGUACUUUCUUAUAUUUAUAACUCAUAUGUUUAUCAAUCUCUUAAUACUUGGACAAUUUACAGUCAACUAUUAUUUUGCAGUGUUUAAAUUUAACGUUGUUGCUGGUUUUUGGUGGCUACAUAAUGUUUUUGUACAAUAUUUGUUACAUUGCUGAUUUACACGAUAACUCCUUGAUAAUUGUACAUAUAUAUUGUAUAUCAUUGAAUGAUGAUAAUGGAUUAUGAUUGUUUGAAAAAAUGAUGCUUAUCCAAUGAA